AAUCACAACUUAUAAAAGAAACAUGAAAUUUGGGAUUAGCGAUCCCCAAUACGAGCCAUCUUCGGUGUGCUGUGCUGUGCGUUUCUCCGUAAUCGGCUUCGACGAUCGACGGUGACAGACACCCAUCGCCAUGAACAUCUUCAAUAAGAAACCCACCGCCAAAGAGGCUCUUCGAGAGAGUAAACGAGAAAUGGCCACCGCCACUAGAGGUAUAGAGAGGGAAAUUGGGGCAUUACAAUUGGAAGAAAAGAAGCUUCUUGCUGAGAUAAAGAGAACUGCUAAGACGGGUAACGAGGGUGCAACUAAAACUCUAGCUCGCCAAUUAGUGAGGCUUAGGCAACAGAUUGCUAAUCUUCAAGGUAGUCGAGCUCAGAUGAGAGGCAUCGCAACUCACACGCAGGCAAUGCAUGCUCAUUCUUCUGUUGCUGUUGGCAUGAAAGGUGCUACUAAGGCAAUGGCAGCUAUGAAUAAGCAAAUGGCGCCAGCAAAGCAAGCCAAAAUUAUACAGGACUUCCAGAAACAAUCAGCGCAGAUGGAUAUGACUACUGAAAUGAUGUCAGAUGCCAUAGAUGAUGCCUUGGAUAAUGAUGAAGCUGAGGAGGAGACUGAAGAGCUGACAAAUCAGGUGCUCGAUGAAAUUGGUGUAGAUAUUGCCUCACAGUUAUCAGCAGCUCCCAAAGGAAGAGUCGGAACAAAGAAUACUGAAGAUGUCAGCAGCUCGGGCAUUGAUGAUCUCGAGAAACGUUUGGCAGCUCUUAGAGACCCAUAAUUUUUGCCUGAGAUUAUGUGAUUCUCGAUCUCAAAGUUUUAAAAUAAAAUUCUUUCUUGAAGUAUGUUUUCUUGUGAUUUCACAAUUUUAGAGUGUAUAUACUAUACACAUCCUUGAAAUUAUGUAUGAAUAUUAAAAUUUCUGAGAUGGACAAUUUUCUUGUAGAAGUUUUAGAUGUAGAUGAACAACGUGAAGUUUGAUGCUAUUUGUAAAUGAGUUGCCAAGUAAAUUUUUGUUGUGGGUGGCCGAAGAAGCCUUUACACGUGGGUGAGCGAAAUUGGGUAAGGGGAAGCAGAUUGAACACUUGUCUAAUGUAUCACUGUUUUGUGU